UACUCGUUGUGAGUGGUACUUAGAAAAAAAAGGCUCUGUGUUUUCUUUCGUUUUGUGCGAUUUUUGUUAUCGCAUCUUUAUUAAUUCGUCAUAUAUUUAAUUUAAUAAGCGUGGUUUAGGAACUAUCCACUAUCCCUACCUUUUCCAACGAUCAAGAGAAACUAUUUUUAAGAAUGAAUCGUAGAGUUUUAGGAAGCCUUGGGGCCGGUACCCGGACUAUGCAACCACAUAUGAUUAGUAACACAGCCACUUCAAUGAUGCCAUCAGACCCAUUUCUCACCCCACCACAUCAUGCAACUCCACGUGAAAGCCAAAGAGAUUUGCUUAUCAGAGAGUAUGGCAAACUCAAAUCAAGACUGAACCUGACAAAAGCAGAGUAUCAACUACAUAGAAAUAAUAUUGGAUAUCAUUCUACAGAUGUAAAUGAAGAAGACGAUCAUUCUGAUUUAGUAGUUGGAGUAUUUGAGACUCCACCAAAAACACCAAAGGAAUCCAAUGAAAAAAGGAAAUGUCAAACAUCUGGAGGACAAGAUACUCCAACGUCGAGUAAACCCAAGGCAAAGAAACAACGAGUUCAAAGAACAGUCCAACCUGUUUCGAUAUCAACUCAGAUUUGUGGUUUGACCAAAGAACAGUUGAUCAAUGUUGUGACGAGUUUGUCUGACAAUCAUCCAGAACUAGAAGAGGUAUAG